AUGGCCGACCACACGAUCACCAGGCCGGAAUCGGGUGACGCUGGGGCCAACCUGCACGACCUCGCCGACGACGCCCUGACCCAAAAUGGUCGGGUAGUUCAUGGGCCACCAGGCCUUUGGUUGCAGGCUGCCAUCCACCGGAUUGAUGGCCACAGCGUGGUUUUGACGAGGAUUGCGUUCUCCUCGGGUGUAUAA